GCCAGAGGGCGCUGUCGUCUCUGGAAGUCCAAGGUGGGCCAUCCCCUCUUGCCCGCCUUUCCUCGGCCUGCGCUUGUUGCGCGAACUGGCUCUUGAGCGAGCGAGCGAGCGGAGCCGGGACUGUGAGAGGCAGCGGGGCGCGUGGCCGGGAGGCUCUGCAGUUGGCUAACAUGGUAUGCAUUUGUAAACCAAGUAGGAAAGGCCCCAGAAGAGACGUUGGCUUAUUACAUCCACCAUGAUUGUGAAUGGAGUUAUUUGGAUCUGCCUCACCUUCUGCUUUGGAGCCACCCAACACCUUCAAGAGCAUAACUGGGAACAAACAACUGCCCGGCCCAUCGUCCAGCAUGAACCAUUUGUUGUAGUGUGGAACUUUCCCACAGUCAGAUGUCAAGAGCGCUUUGGGAUUACUUUGCCCCUUGGGGCGUAUGGUAUUGUUGAGAACAAAGACAAUGUGUUUCGUGGGCAGAACAUGACUAUUUUUUACAAAAAUCAAUUUGGACUUUAUCCCUACAUCUCUGAAGAAGGUGAAUGGCAUAAUGGGGGAAUACCCCAGAAUGUUCCUCUGAAAGAACACCUGGAGAGGUCUUCAAAGGAAAUUGCAGAACUCUUGAACCAUGGUUUCCAGGGUCUGGCAGUGGUUGACUGGGAGGAAUGGAGGCCACUCUGGAGACAAAACUGGGGGCCCAAAAAAGUGUACAGGGAGGCCUCUGAACAGUGGGCAUUGGGAAGAUUUCCUGACCUCUCCCCACAGGAACAAUCUUACUUUGCUGAGGUAGAGUUUGAGCGUGCAGCCCGGGCGCUCAUGGAAACCACACUAAAUACAGGUAAAGAACUGAGGCCCCAGGGAUUCUGGGGCUUCUACCGAUUUCCUGAGUGUUUCAAUGACAACUGGGAGAAAGAGGAGAAUUACACAGGACACUGCAAUCCCAAGGAAGUCCAGUGGAAUGACCAGCUCAUGUGGCUGUGGAAAGUCUCCUCGGCUCUGUACCCCAGCAUCUACCUCCCACCGAAGCUCCCACCAUCCUACCACCAGAGUUACAUUCACCACCGGCUCAGAGAGGCCUUACGGGUGGCUCAGUUUGGCCCCAAGCAGCCUCUCCCAGUCAUAGCUUAUUCCAGAGUCUCCUACAGACAUUCUUCAAGGUACCUGGCAGAGGCUGACCUGCUGUAUACGCUUGGCGAGAGUGCAGCGCUUGGAGCGUCAGGGGUUGUGCUCUGGGGUGAUCUCUCCUAUUCUCAGUCAGCUGAAAGCUGCAGGAGCCUUCAACAUUACAUCACCUCCACACUGGGACCGUACGUCAUCAAUGUCACCACAGCAGCACGCCUGUGCAGCCGCCAACUCUGUCACGGGAAUGGACGUUGUGUGAGACGGCACCCCAGUGACCUAGGAGCCUUCCUCCACCUGGACCCAGUGAUAUCGGAUGGGGACAUUGAUUUCCAGCACCAGGAAGGGUUGUCAUGGGAGUCCUUUCGGUGUCACUGCUAUCCUGAAUGGACCGAUGUGUGGUGUCAGAAACCACAGUGGACAGAGCCUAUCAAAGGGCCAGAGUACAACACUAAUUCACAGUAUUAUAAUAUUUACGAUGCAGCACAUGACAGCAAUGUUAUCAUGAAGUCAAACAUCUGUCCUCCCCCCAUUUAAGAACUAGAGCUCCGAACACUAUCCCUUCAGAUGCAGCACUUUAACUGUGAGCAGACUUGGUGAAUUUUGUUCCAAAGAGUGAAUGUUCCUCAGUUGGAUCAAUUUUCCAUUUUCUCUUUCCUGAGUGAUGUUCAGAUGUAAGGAAAUAGCAGACACAUACCCAACUAUACAGUAUGGCCCCUACCAUAUCUACGAGGAAUAUGUUCCAAGACUUUGUAUGAAUACAUGAAACCAAGGUAAUAGCGAACUGCAUUAAAUGAAUGACUUCUGAUAAAAGGAUACUGCAAAUUGAUGCUGGAGGACCUAGGAAAUACCAGAGAGGACACCUCUCUAGGCAUAGCUAGGUCCUUCAGCAUUACUCUGUGGUAAACCUCCAGCAGAAGAAUACUACAGAAUUGCCUGGAUGUCCUUGAAUAUAUAUGUUGUUUCAGAUGUGAGUAAAUGAUGCUACAGGUUCCUCAGAUUCAGGGAUUGUACUGUACUGUAGUAUGCAUUUGCAGUGGAAGUAAUUACAGAUGUCAGUCAAUAUUUUCAUAGAUGAAUGCUUCCCUUUAGAAAUGUGCACACUAUCCUCAGUAAUAAGGUGCAUGCUUUCCAUGUGAAGGAUCUCAGGUUCAAAGCCUCACACAUCCAGAUAGCAAUAUCAGAUAGCAGAUGAUGAGCAAGAUCUCCCCCCCCUCCGAGAGUCAUUCCAUCCAUGAUAGGCAAUUUCUGGGCUAGAUGGACAAAUAAUAUGACCUAGUAUAAGUUAUCUUCCUGUACCCAGAUACACGGAGCUGGGGGCUUAUGUGUGUUUAAGUGUAGUAAUACACAUCUGGAAAAAUAAAGGUACAUUUGACAACUUCAA